AUGAAACUCUCACAAUUCUUUAUCUUCUCUUUUAUUUCAAUUUCUCUUUUUGGAUGUGUUAAUUCACAUCAAGCCCUAAAAUACAACACACUUGAGCUUCCUUCAGGGGUAUCUGGCCCUGAAAGCAUUGCCUUCGAUUGUAAUGGAGAUGGUCCUUAUACUGGCAUCUCGGAUGGUAGAAUUUUAAAAUGGCAAGGUUCGAAACAUGGAUGGAAGGAGUUUGCAAUCACUUCCCUAUUCAGGAUUCCUAAAUUUUGUGAUGGAUCAGCCAACCCUGCAAUGGAACAAGUAUGUGGAAGACCAUUGGGUCUUAAAUUCAAUGAAGCAACAUGUGAUCUUUACAUUGCAUAUGCCUAUUUUGGGCUAUUGGUGGUUGGGCAAAAUGGUGGAGUUGCCAAACAAGUAGCCAUUAGUGCAGAAGGAGUCCCAUUUCGAUUCACUAAUUCUUUGGACAUUGAUAAAAACAUUGGAGUUGUCUAUUUUACCGAUACUAGCACCAUAUUCCAAAGAUGGGCUUAUGCAAUAGCAAUGCAAAUUGGGGAUAAGACCGGAAGGUUACUAAAAUAUGAUCCAAGGACCAAAGAAGUGACGGUGUUGCUAAGAGGCUUAUCCUUUUCAAACGGGGUUGUAUUAAGCAAAGACAAUGAUUUUGUUUUAGUUACUGAAACGACUGCCGCCAAAGUCACAAGAUAUUGGCUCCAAGGUCAAAAAUCUCAAUUGAGUGACACUUUUACACAACUUGUUGGGUGUUCGGAUAAUAUUCAAAGAAACAUUCAUGGGAAAUUUUGGGUUGCACAAAAUAAUUGUGGAAGACUAGAAGUAAAAGUUAGACCGGUAAGACUUAAUAAAGAAGGGAAGAUCGUUGAAGAAUUAAGUGUGGAUGGUGGCCCUUUGAGUGAAGUCCAAGAGAAAAAUAAUAGUUUAUGCAGCCACCACGGUCUCCAUGUAAGUAGCCACUGGUCUCCAAAUAUUCCAUGUAAUAAGCACUCAAAUCUGAACCGAGAAGAAGCCGAUCAGAGGAAACACAACAUGAGAUAUGUUCUUGGCCAGUGCCUUGUUUUGGAAUUGUCAAAUUUCAGUAUCUGCUCCAAUGUAUAUAAUGACAAGUUCUUCUCUGGGAAGUAUUGUGGCAGAACCAGUCCAACAACCAUUGAUGUCACAAGGAUCAGUUGGAUUAAGAGCAUGACCAAGAUUAACCCAUUUGACAAGAACAUAAGAUAUGGAAUGGGCCCAUGUAAUGUUACCCCAUACUGCAACAUAAGAAUUGUAGUGAUAUAA